AUGGGCACGAGCCGUCCGACGGUGCAAAACCGCGGCGCUGACGGAGUAUACACGUCUUCCUUCUUCAAGGUGUCUCUGAAGAAGAACAACAAGGCCCUGGCUGUUGCUCUGGAGAUGCAGAAGGAGCGGAGCCGGCAGCUGGAGAAAGACAUCAUGUUCCUUCAGAAACAAGUGGAGGCUCUGUGCUUUGAGUUAGCCGCAAAGAAGUACAAGCACAGGAAACUGCUCCUCAUCUUGAAAAACCUCCACAGCAACACUCGACAGCACCUGGACAUGGUGGCUGACUUGUUCUCUGACGGUGUAAGACGUAUUUCCACUCAAACACUUUCUCUUUUUGUGUGUUACCUAGAGAUAGACAUUAAGGGCACAAUUGUACUUGAAAGACGCACAGUAUUAUCUCAGUGAUGUUAUUUUGA